AUCCAUCUAAAAUUGAUAAACCAACAUGCUUCUUGAUUAUAUUUCUUUCUUUCUUAUGUGUUUGAAAUAUGUUUGUUUAUAUAUUCUUCAGUAGGCCAAGGUGGAGACUUGGAAAUAAAGAACUCUCUCAAUUGUGGAAAUGGUCAGAUCAGAAUCCGAAUGCUUUAACGGAUCCUCAACGUGUUCAGACUCCUUCCAUAGCAGAAUACUGGAAACCAUUGGCUGAAGAUAUGGAUCCUGCUGCUGGGAUAGAAGCUGAGUAUCACCAUAAAAACAACAGGGUGUAUUGCUGGAAAGGUCUACGGUUUUCAGCUAGACAGGACUUGGAGGGAUUUUCUAAGUUUACUGACCAUGGCGUUGAGGGAGUAGUGCCUGUAGAACUUUUACCACCCGAUUUUCGUUCCAAAUACCAGUCUAAACCAAAUGACAGGGCUAAACGUGCUAAAAAGGAAGAAGCAAAAGGUUCCGCACAGCAAGGGGAAGAAAAUCAGAUCUCAACCCCUGCGAGUGAAAAUGAUGAAGGAAUCAGAGGUGAUCUCGAGGCCUCUACAACCCCAAUGGAUGCUGAACCUGAAACCGCUGGUGUGACUGACAUGGUGUCCCAAGGUGGCAGUCCAAUGCCGGACGAAAACUAGAAGCAAAGCUCUGACACAGAUGCCGGUCCAGAGAUGGGCCAAUUGGAAGCAGAUUCUGAGGCAGAGGCGGGGAUCAUUGAGGGUGAGGUUGAUUUAGAUGCAGCUUCCUGACUAUGCCAACAACAAGUUCGAUUUGGAAGAGAACGAACUCGUCUUCAUUUCCAGAAUACCAAGCAAACUUUUACAGCCUUGUAAUGCUCCAUUCUUAAAGGUAUUAUAACCAGCUUAGUGAAACUUUAGUGGCUCAUUCCUUCAAAGCUGCAAAAAUAUUUAUUUCUUGUAGGAUCAAAUCAUUACUUCUUUAUGCUCUUAGUCAAAACAGUUUUGCUCUUUUUUUA